GUGCAUAUUUUUAAUCAGUUUUUUUCAAAUACUAUUUUAAUGCCCAUUUUAUUCCUUAUUUUAGAAAACAUUUAAUCCUGUAUAUGUAUUUUUAUAGCAAUUAACUUUAUUUCUGAUCUUCCAUUUUUUUACAACCAAAUCUCCCCCUUUUCACAUAAAUUUUUUGAAAUUAAUUUUUUUAAACUAUGUAUUAAUAAUAUCUAUGUAUUAUAAGUGUUUGCAAAUUAAAUAUAUUUGCGCUUAAUUGGAAUCUAAUCUGAAACAAGAUGUAUAUGGAAUCUCGGGAACAUUUACGUCUAAAAAGAGAACUCAAGGAUAUAGAAAACGAAAAUGAUUCAACAGUUGAGGCAUACGUAGUAGAUAAUAACAUCUUCAAGUGGAAGGGGCAUAUACUCGGACCUCCUGGAACACCUUAUGAGGGAGGCCAUUUUACUUUGGACAUUUCUAUCCCCGAAGAUUACCCUUACAGUCCCCCUGUGAUAAAAUUCGAGACUAAAAUUUGGCACCCUAACAUAUCUAGUGAAACUGGAGCUAUCUGUUUAGACAUUCUAAAGAGUGAAUGGAGUCCAGCCUUAACAAUUAGGACCGCUCUAAUAUCAAUCCAGGCACUGCUUUCAGCACCUGAACCUGACGACCCUCAGGACGCACAAGUUGCUAAUAUGUACAAAAGAAACUAUAAAGAAUUCGAAAAUACUGCAAAGCUGUGGACCAGUACCUUUGCAAGAAGCCGGGACGAAAGUAGAGAGGGGAAGAUUAAUUUACUUUUGGAAAUUGGAAUUGAUCGAGAAUCGGCUGUGAGAGCUUUGGAAGAAAACGGAUGGGAUACAACAGUAGCAAUUAAUAGACUUAUGGAUGCGUAAUGAGCCAAAGUUGAUUUAAAUUUAACUGUAUUAAUUUUUUAUAUAAAUUA